UUACACAUCGUAAGCCGAUGAAUUAUAUCACUGUGUUGUGCCUUGCUGUUGUUGAUUUUUUUUUGGAAAAAGAUUUUUUUUUCUGAAUUUUAAAAUUUUUAUUUGAAAAGAUUGUUGGUUGUCAGACAGUCUUUGAUAUUAACAAUUUUUUUUGUUGUUUAAUGUUCUUUUAUUAUUGAAAGUUUGUGUGCCUUGUGUGUGGAAUAAAUACAAUUUGUUUUCUGUGUUGCGGGACUUUAUCAACGUCUUUUCGAUAGCAGAGAAUGUAUGCUUCUACGAGAGACAAUUAGAAAACGACGGUUGUUUUGAUAGAUGUGAUUUUGCAAUCUUAUUAUUGAAAAAAAAAAAACAAAGACAAAACCAAGCUAAAAAUUGUCUAAAAGUUUACUGAAAACAAAAUAAUUGAGAAAAACCCAACAAAUGCAAAUUAAGUUCAAAUCAGAACAAAAGUGAUUACAGCGUCAAGAAAUUAAAAAAUUUUGUUUACACAGUUUAAGUGCGAUAAACACAUGGUGGGUGUUCAAUAUAUCAAUUUUUUUUUUUAACUGUUAUUAGCAGAGGAAAUAUUUAAUUUUUUUUUGUUACCAUCUAAAAGGCAUUUUGAUACAGAGUAAUAUUGUUGAAGUUGAAAGGAAACGAGAUUAAGUACAUAGCCGCGCAAGUGAAUUAAAUACCCAGAACGGAUUUCAUUUUAAUCAAUAACUUUGUAUACUCAACAUUCGUCACAAAAAAAAAAUCUAAGCCAAAAUUGUAACAAAUUAACGAUUUUUGGAAGAGGACACUAUUUAACACACACAUUACCGGUGGUAUCGUAACUGAAAUUUUUACCUACAUUGUAACAAAAAGGCCUCGUGAUGGAUCUGGAAAUCUACGAAACAGAAAUAGCAGCCUAUCUACUACAAGAAGCACCAUUUUACGAGGAAUCGCUAACUUCGAUUUAUGGUUAUCCGAUGUCCAGACUUUCGGAUAAGUCAAGCAUGAAAAGCAGCGAUGGAAAAAAGAAGAGAGUUACAUUUUUGUCGAAUUAUGUGCAGGGUUUCGAGGGUGGACCGCCGAUAUUAUUGAAAGAGGAGCCCGAAGACGGACCACGCAGCAUGCAAAAGGUGCCAAGUUUGUCCGACUUGUCGGAUCCGGAAAAUUCAUUGGAUGUGCCAACACAGAUGCCACCUCUUACCCCUGGUACAAACAAAAAAAUGAUUGAAGUUCUUAAAGAAUCUUUCAAAUCAUGGGAAGAAGCGGCACAAGACCGGAAUAUCACCAAAGACCCAAAACAAUGGACAGAAGAUCAUGUGGUACUAUGGUUAGAUUGGGCAAAAGGUGAAUUUUGCCUGGAUUCGUCCGUAAAGGAUUCGUUUUCAAAAAUGCGUGGCCGUGAUAUGAUAGCACUAGGUCGUGAAGAAUUUUUACGAAUAGCACCCCCAUUUACUGGUGAUAUACUAUGGGAACAUUUAGAAAUUUUACAAAAAGAUUGUGAAAAAUCAUUAGAAAAUGUACCUUCAACUGUGUACGGUUCUACGGUAUGCGGACCUGAAAUAUCGGACUAUUUAGGACAUCAAAGACUGGCAUCGAAUCAACAUGAUUUCAAUGAAAAAAGUUUUUCAGUUCCAAGUGGUUACAAUACUCCACACGAUAGAAAUGAAAAUUCAUCACCUGGUGGACAAACCGGCGGACAUUCUCCAGCCAACCUAUCAUAUAUGCCAAUGGCAAUACAGCGGCAUUCCGGUGCUGCCCAAUCAAUUGGCUAUCACAUACCAAACAUGAAAGAAGAGCCAAAUACAGGUGCCAAUAACUAUCCCAAUAUGAAUGCACAGCAGGAUGAUAUGUCGGUAAGAAAUUAUGUUUUGCCACAUCCUGGCCAGAUAUAUGACGAACAAGAUUAUCAACCUCAAGACUUACCGUCACAACCUCCAUAUGUUGGAAACAGUCCCGAACUCUAUCCGGGUUUAAUGGAACAAAAGUAUACACCACCUUAUCAUAAGCCGUAUUCAAGAGGACGAUUCCAUGAUAAUUAUCCGGAAUUCCCUCUAUCAUAUGAACAAAAUCAAUACCAACAAGUUCCUGGCAAUACAACGCCGUCCGAAUGGAGUUCGCUGUCGUCACACUCAGAAUUCCAACAUCCUGCAUACGUUGGCGCAAUGGGUUUGGAGAAAACGAUGCUUGGCAAUUAUGGUGGACAAGGUGUACCAUGCUUUACGGGAUCCGGACCGAUACAAUUAUGGCAAUUUUUGUUGGAACUGCUGAUGGAUAAAACUUGUCAGGGUUUCAUAUCGUGGACAGGAGACGGAUGGGAAUUCAAAUUGACCGAUCCAGAUGAGGUCGCCAGGCGAUGGGGUAUUAGGAAAAAUAAACCGAAAAUGAAUUACGAGAAACUAAGCAGGGGCCUUCGCUAUUACUAUGACAAAAAUAUUAUUCACAAAACUGCUGGUAAACGGUAUGUUUAUCGGUUCGUCUGUGAUCUGCAGAACUUAAUUGGAUUAUCGCCGGAUGAGCUAUGCGCCAAAUAUGAUUUAAAAACAGAUAAAAAAGAUGACGAGUAAAUAUUAUUCAGUCUGUGACCCUAUACUUAAAGCCAAUUUUCUUUUGAAUUGUAUAACGUUUUUUUUUUUACUUUUUGAAAUCGUUGUCCACAUUUUAUCGAAUUAUUUCUCGAUAACGCGGAGCUGAAAAGCGAUUAAUUUUAGACACACAAAAAAAAUCAAACAAACAAAACAAACUGGAUGGGCUGAGUAAUAAUUGAAAAUAUUUGUGUAAUACUUUUUAAAAGAAUUUGAGGUCUUUUCUACUUGUCCAGAAAAACUGUUCACCUCAAAAAAAUUGGGACCAAAAUGUCAUCGGAAUCUCGUAAAUAUUAUUUUUGUUUUUCCUUAGUUUAUAUCAACAAAAAAAAAUGGAUAAUAAAAUCGAUCUGCAGCUCGUUGGUUUCAUUGACUUCAUAAUCACUUUGAUAAUGACUAAAUAUAAUUCGAAACUCCUCGCACAUACCCUCGCUUCAGGCUAGUCCGCAUAACAAAAUUUUACCGUGAAUACCGUGAACAUUUGGAUGUUAAUGGUAUUUGAGGCACUGAACAUGUAUACCACCCCGUAUGCGAAAUUCGGCUAUAAGUUUAGACACCGUCCUACGAAUAUUGUAUACGAAACCUAACGAAUUUGGGAAAUGUGCGACAAGGCUGAAUGUCACGAGUGUAUAUGAAAGCAUCGCCUUCAGGGCUGAACAACAAAUGUGGAUAAAAGUCAAUGCUUCCGAAAGAGUAUUUCUCGAAUAAGUAUUUUUCGGAAUAAAAAGUAACGUCAGAGAAUUCGAAUAAGAUUUGCACUCCUGAAGCAGUAUCGUUCCUGGCUGGUGCUUGUUGUAAAGCCGGUUGUAUCUGAGUACAAAAUGUUCAUGCAAAUUGUGUUCGGAGAUACAAUCGAAAAGAAAACCGCCGGUCAGCAUUCCUUUUAUCCACUUCAAUCCAUUCGUCACGUAUUAAAGCCUUCAAUCCACAUUUAUUGUCAAUACAUUUUUGUAUUGAUUAAGUCCGUCAUAACCACCUCGCUUUCGUAUUUCAGUUAAAAUAUCUUACUAUUCAGAGCUGUACUACGUGGAACUAAAAAACAAACAAAGAUAAUCCUUGUACACCGUUCUCAGUUGCAGUUAAAACAAGAAUUUGUAAAAAGGAUGACUAGGAAAUCCGAUGUCUGCGCAAAGCAAAGAUAAUCGAAGGGUGCCUUCCAGUAAAAGCAAAUUGUGUAUUUUAACGGUUAGUUCACACACAUUGCUUUAAAAUUGUUUCCUAAAUCAAGUCCCCAGAAAAUCAGGAUCGGAAUCAAUACAGCUGCAACACCAUAUGAAUCGAUGAAACCUAAAUAAUUAAUACAAUUUUCGGUCACAUAGAGCCUCUGAAUAUUGGAUUAGUGUAAUUCCGCUAAGAUCAUAAAUGGGUGAUGUUACAGUAGGACGGACGCACUCUUCGAUUUUCCAAGUAUGAGGAGCCAAAACGAUUUUGGAAGGGUUUUGUACGAUCUGUUAAGGCUUGUAUCUGUAACGAUCUAUCUUAAAAGAUCGAAACACAAUGAAAUUCGGCUAAAAUGUCCACGGAUGAUCGAAGGUUCAGCAAACGAUAAUAUUAAUAAAAUGAAAGAAUGAAAUAUGGAAGUUGAAGAAAAGAGAAAAAAAUAUUUAAAAUGUAAAAUUAUAAAAAAAAACAAAUGUGGCAUUUAGCGCCAUAAUAUUGUGAGAGAAUUCAAUUUUAAGUUGUAAAUUAUGAAAAGUAAAGUAA